AUGUCAAUUGGUCUAUACUAAUUCUGUAUUUUAACAGUAAAUUUUCAAGAUGAGUCUCGCGAUAUCGCGUCAGAGUACAAAGGUGGUUUAGGUCGGUAUGCCAAUGUCGAGCAACUUGUAAUUACCCCUCUACACGAGAACGCGAAUGACUACCCAACUCCGCACAACAACAAUGCUCAUGACUACCCAGUCCGACCUCUGGUUCCGAAAGUUCAACAUCAACAUCCACCCUCACAAGACAAGAAUUCACUUCCUCCAAUCCAUCAGCACUCAAUGGGCACCUACCCAGAGGGCAGUAUGUUGGUCAAUCGUGAGCAUGAUCAAUCUAGACGUAACAGCCGACACCACUCGCACGCUGGUAGCGAUGUUUCUCUUUUGGGGGCCCCAUCGCUAUCCUACACAAAUACCACUGAGCAGACAGUCACUCCACCUCUAAACAGUGAGCCUAGAAGAUGUUUGGAGACGAAAGAUGAGGUUCUUUACAUGCAGGUUUUCGUUGAGGAAGUUGGUUUGUGGAUGGACAGUAUGGAUUCCAACAAGCACUUCUCCAGACUCUUGCCCUUUCAUGCGUUGUCGGAACCAAUGUUGCUCAAUGCAUAUCUUGCUUGUGGCGCUCGGCAGUUGAAUCUGGUCAAUCCAGUCUAUACAGAGGACAAGGCACUCUAUUACUACGACACCGCCACCACGCAAUUGCUACGUUCCCUCCAGAACCCUGACAGAGAUACAGCUGUAUGUGCUACUACUGCUGUUAUUCUCAAUGUCUACGAGAUCAUGUCUGAACGGGCGAUGGAACGUAUGAAUCACAUUGCUGGAGCUAGAGCAUUGAUCAAAGAGUGUGGCUGGAAUGCAAGAAGUACAGGCAUUGGAUCCGCAUGUUUCUGGCUAAAUGUUGGGAUGGAGCUUCUCAGCUGCCUUCACUUCAAUUGGAAGCUAGCAUGGGACCCAGACCAAUGGGGAGUAGAUUUGAAUUUCCAGAGAGGUAGUGAAUUUGGAAAGGAGGAGAUUUGGGUACAUCGAAUGGUAUACAUUGUGGGUAAGAUCGCAAACUUCAGAGCCUCAAUCCCGCGUUUCCAGGAGGCAUCGCCACGGGACGAACAAAACAGACUCCAUAGCCGUUACCAGGAGUGGCAAAUUCUGAAGAACCUGUGCGAUAGUUGGAACGACAACAUCCCGCGAACGAUGCAGCCAAUGGCCUAUUUGUCCGCUCCCAAAAGUAGCAUCAAGUCUGUAUUUCCGGAAAUCUGGUGAGCAAAAUCAUGAUAAAGAUUGAUGAAACAUGCUAAUCAAACUCAUCAGGUUGGUUAAACGUGCCACAAUCGUUGGUCGCUUGUUCUACCACACUGCAAUGUGUCUCUUGCCACAAAUACACCCUCUCAUCCCCAAGGAGAGCGAUGAGUUGCGCCCCAUGCAAAUGCAUCAUGCUCAUCAAAUUUGCGGUAUUGUUGCACAUGUUAAAGAUAGAGGUGUAGCCAGUGUUGCAUUGCGUUCUUUGGCAAUUGCCGCUGAUUGUCUUGUGAUUCGUCGGGAACAAGAAGAAGUUCUCGAGGUCUUUGAGAAGAUUCGCGCCGAAACAGGAUGGAAGGUGGGAUUUCUCCACAGGGAACUGAAGAGAAAAUGGGGUUGGCCAGAGGAACCGGUUCAACAACCGCCAAUGGUACCACAACUAAAUCACCUACCUCAUUUCUUCCCGAAUGCAACACUCGCACAAACAGCACACGCUAGUCUGCCUGCUGCACCCCCAGCUUCUCGACUAGUUCCAAGUGGCGGUCCGAACCCUUUGCUCAAAACCGCCGAUUUCUCACAUCCCAACCACCCAUACCAACAACAUUACCAGCCACCCAACACACCAAAUUCUCAGGCUCCGUUUUCUCACAAUAGUUACAUUUGA